AUGAAUCAGCACAACACUUCUUCUGCAAGAACAAAGCACUUCUUCUACAAGAACAUGUCGACUGGAAAUCCGAUACUUCGAUGUGCAUGCGGCAUGCCAUGCACCAGGAAAGCUGGAUCUGCGGUGGCGAGGCAGGACAAGUUCUACUUCAGCUGCGUGAACUAUGGGGUUCAGAGGAGAGCGUGCGAGGUCUACGUGUGGGAGGAUGUACUGGAGGAAUACGUGCAGAAGAGAAUCCAAGCUGAACGGGUGAAGCUGCGGGAGGUGACAGAAGACCGAGACGAGUUCAUCGAGGAAAUGGCUGAUAGGAACAGGGAGAUCAGGAACCUCAGGACGAUGAACAAGGUGCUACAACUUGCACUCGCGUCCACUGCGCCAGUGGCAGCCAUGAUCGCAAUCGGGGCUGCUUGGGUUGGGAAAUGA